AUGGAAGUUGACCAGGAUACGCCGCCCGCGCUGCUGCAAAGUCGGGACGAGGCCAGCGGGAAACGCGAGGUAUAUCCACCGUCCUAUGAAAAAGAAUGUUGGAAUGCUAAAUGCAAACGCCAAAAUGUUCUUGAUGUCGGAGGCAAGCACGUUCUUUUUACGCGACGUACCCACCUCACAGGCAGGUACCACCAUAUGAAAAACCCCAAUAUACUUUUCAUCCAGGUCGACCAGAUGGCAGCGGCCGCAUUGCAAAGCUAUGGCGACAAGAUCUGUCAGGCUCCAACACUUGACCGGCUCGCUGAGACUGGUGUGGUGUUUGAACGAGCGUAUUGCAAUUUUCCAUUAUGUGCUCCCUCACGUUCAUCCAUGGCAACCGGGCAGCUGUGUUCGGCGAUUGGCGCAUACGAUAAUGCAGCAGAAUUCUCGUCUGAAAUUCCAACCUAUGCACACUACUUGAGAGAGUUCGGUUACCAGACAAGUUUGUCCGGCAAGAUGCACUAUAUCGGCCCUGACCAGUUUCAUGGUUUUGAGAAACGGUUGACCGCAGACCUCUAUCCCGCAGACUUCAGCUGGGUACCAAACUGGGGUGACGAAGGGAAGCGUGAUACCAACGACGCUCGCUCGGUGACGGUGUCCGGUACUUGUGAGAGAAGUGUGCAGAUAGACUUUGAUAACGAAGUGACGGAAAAAGCGAUCUCGCACCUGCGUGAGAUGGCAGCUUUAUCGGACAAGCGGCCGUUCUUUAUGCAGGUUUCUUACACUCAUCCACAUGAGCCUUACCUGUGUAAGCAGGCGUUCUGGGAUCUCUACAACCACGACCAGAUUCCGGUACCCAGGGUUGGGGCAUUGUCUGAAUUGGAGCACGAUCCACAUUCGGUUCGGUUGCUAAAAGACUUUGCUAUGUUUGGUGUGGAUUUUCCUCGAGAGGACGUCCAACGUGCCAGGCAUGCUUACUAUGGGUCAAUCAGUUAUCUCGACAGCCUUAUUGAAAAGUUGCUGGAAACACUCGCUGAUAGCGGUUAUAGCAGUAACACUGCCAUCGUCUUCACUUCUGAUCAUGGUGAUUUCCUCGGCGAAAGGGGGAUGUGGUUCAAGAAACACUUUUACGAGCCAUCCCUAAGAGUCCCACUCAUAAUCCAGGCGCCAUGGAUUUCUCCAUGUCGUAUUGACGAGCUGGUUUCCCUGGUUGAUUUGUUGCCAACCUUUAAUGGUUUCGCAACCGGGCAACGUUGGGAAUCCCAACACGAGGAGCUGGAAGAUCCUGAUGAGCGAAUAAAUCUCGCAAGGUCGGAGACACACGCAGGUUUAGUUGCGUCGUUCACACAUGAAGUUGUGGAUAAAUGGAACUCCGCACGCUUGUCUCACGAUAUACGCUUAAGUCAAAAACGCCGGGGACUGAUACGUUCCGCUCAAAGUCAGGGCGAUGCAGUACGCUGGAAUCAUGGAGAGGUGCCCGGUGAAAAAGUGCGGUGGUAUCGCGGGGAAGAGGGUUACAACGAAUGGGCGUUUAACUAUUUGCCGGUUAAAAACUAG